AGGGUGACCGGCGGCACAGACCAGGGCAGUGUCCUGCAUACGGAAAGAAAUGCAACGUAUGCCACUUGCCCAAUCAUUUUGCGGUGUGCUGUCGAGAAACGUCCAAAAUUGCCGAAGUCAGCAAAGACGACUUUGACGAUACCUUCGACAUCCUAGAAGUUGGUGUUGGGAACAGAAAUGCCAAAGACUGGAUAGUGGAAGCUGAGGUCAAGGGCAAGAAGGUCUCCUUCAAGGUAGCCACCGGGUCACAGGCCAGCUUACUACCGUUUUCGGCAUACCGGAAAAUGCGUGCGGCGGGACCGUUGACUGCUGUUAUCUCGGUACUACGGGCCUACAACGGAGGCAUCAUAACACACUUCGGAGCAACGUCGCAGGAGGUGACGGUAGGAAAUACUUCCGCCACAGUCCAGUUCUUUGUCGUAAAACACGGCAGUCAAGCCAUACUAGGACUGGAAGCGAGUGAAGCCUUGGGCCUUUUUCAACGCACAGUGGCCACUGUAAGCGCCUCAAUAGACUACGAAGCAGUGACAAAUUUCCGGCACCUCUUCCAGGGAUUAGACUGCUUGAAGCAACCAUAUAGCAUGGUCCUGCAACCAACAGCGGUUCCUGUCGUUCAACGAGCGCGGCGUAUUCCCCUGUCCCUGCGGGGCCCUCUUCAGGAAGAGCUGCGAAGACUGGAGCGCGAGGCCAUCAUCGUAAAAGAGAACGACCCCACGGACUGGUACGUACCAGGAAAACACCUCGUCUUGGCCGACAUGCUUUCACGAUCGGCUCCGGCUAGUCACGAGGACAUCGCUGGCGCCGCUGACGACGUGGAAGUGCACGCAGUGCAAGUCCUGGGCUAUUUGGUCACGGGCGCUACGCGACAGAAGCUGGUGCAAGAAACAGCGCGUGACGAUUACUUGAGCACUGUCAUCUCCGAUUUGUCAAGCGGUGAGAGCCUGCAGGGUGAACUCAAGCCGUUUUCGCCAGAGCUUUCCGUCGUGGACGGUAUAUUGCUGAAUGGAACAAAAGUGGUCAUACCUAAAAGCAUGCGACGUGAAAUCCUAGGACGAAUUCAUAAUGGGCACCCUAGGAUUGCAGAAAUGCAAAGAAAGAGCACGACGUUUGGUUUUUUGGCCUGGGCUCAGCAGCGACUUAUCCCUGCUGAUUCAGACUUGCUCGACUUGUCGGAAGUUUUCAUACAAGCAACUGAAAGAACCUUUACUCAUGCGCCCAAUCCCAUUAUGCGCAUGGGUUCGAGUUGGCGUAGACAUUUUUUUCUUUUGGGGGAAGUUCAUACGUCGUAGCGUUUGACGCGCAUUCAAACUUCCCGGAAGUCCAGAAGCUCCAGGACACCACUGCAAGAGCAACAAUUUCCGCACUUAGCGCAAUGUUUGCCAGGCAUGGCGUACCUCUGGAGGUGUGCACCGACAACGGGCCGCAGUUUUCAAGUUAUGAAUUUGCAGAAUUCGCAAGAAAAUAUGACUUCGCUCAUGUCACAUUCAGUCCCCGCUUCCCACAGUCCAAUGGUCUGGCAGAGAAAGGGGUACAGAUCGUAAAACGCCUCUUGAAGAAAAGUGAAGACUCACGCGAAGACUUUUGGCUAGGCUUGUUGGCCUACCGCUCUACACCGCUUGUGCGCGGCCGAUCACCUGGAGAAAUUCUUCAAGGCAGGCGUCUCAGGUCGAAUGUACCCGAUUUUGGCGACGUGCAGCCUACGCCAGUCAAAAAACAUCGCCAGACCAACGGCGGAAAGCAUUUGUCACCCUUGGACAAAGGGUCGAUCGUAAGGCUCAGGGACACAUGGUCCCCGAAAGGUAUUGUGAUGGGUAGAACGUCUCCGAGGUCCUACAACGUGGAAACAGAAGGUGGUCGGGUGUUUAGACGUAACAGACGGCAUCUCCUUCAGACUCGCGAACAGUGGACAGCAGACGAGAGUGAUGAUGAUGAAUGCGGUUCGUCUUACAGCUUGUGCACUGACUCUAGUGCGAGUAGCUCCGUUGAUGUUGCAUCGUGCCAGCCUACACACCCGCAUCCUCAAGCGUCGUCCGCCGAUGGCCCAGCACCAACUACAGCGCACCACGUGCUAUCUCCUCCUAGGCCGACGCCAGUCCCAAGAAGGUCGGGUCGCACCAGUAGGCCACCGCAGCGGCUUCGGUACGACGCGGCCUUUAAUCAAGUAACCUGAACUGUUGUGCUUCUUCGUUACCCAUCAGAGGAUGUAUCGGGCAUGCGCUGUCUGCGCUACCUUAUCAGGACAGCACUGAUAUCACGCGUGCGUCUGACUAUUUAAGUGCGUGCCAAUAAACCUU